AUGGAGACGGUGGCGGCCAUGGACGACGGGUGGACACUGCGGCGACAGCACCGCAACGGUGGCUUCUGUUUGAGAGCGGAGAUCGAGACGGACUGGGGUUCCCCCAUUCCCAGGGGCCCGGAGUUCGGGUUCGCCACCGCCGUGCGAGAGCCGCUGGUGAAGCUCCGGCGGCCCCAGUAUGACUUCGAGAGGUGGGACUGGGACUACUUCGUCUGGCCUCACGACCGCCUCGACGCCAAUCUUGAGAUGAGGGACAGUGACCCGGAGGCGACGCUUGAGGCAGACCUGAAGGCGAGCGAGAGCUUCCUGAACCAGAGAACACUACAACUAGAGAGCUAUGAGAUGUCCCAGCACACACAAGAGCAACACGCUGCAGCCUGGCCUUGCGACGCCGGUAAGCAUGCUCAAGCACUUAAGAUCCUAGUUGACAUGCCAACAAAUAUCAUGAUGUGA